AUGGGGGAUUUGAAUCACAGAAUCGCAGAAUCACAGAAUCUCAGAAUCGCAGAAUCUCAGAAUCUCAGAAUCUCAGAAUCUCAGAAUCUCAGAAUCUCAGAAUCUCAGAAUUUCAGAAUCUCAGAAUCUGAGAAUCUGAGAAUCUCAGAAUCGCAGAAUCUCAGAAUCUCAGAAUCUCAGAAUCUCAGAAUCUCAGAAUCUCAGAAUCUCAGAAUCUCAGAAUCUCAGAAUCUCAGAAUCUCAGAAUCUCAGAAUCUCAGAAUCUCAGAAUCUCAGAAUCUCGGAAUCUCAGAAUCUCAGAAUCUCAGAAUCUCAGAAUCUCAGAAUCUCAGAAUCUCAAAAUCUCAGAAUCUCAGAAUCUCAGAAUCUCAGAAUCUCAGAAUCUCAGAAUCUCAGCUUUGA